UUCCCGCUCGCGUCACAGCCCAGCCUAGAGCUUCUUCCCCUAGCCUUUGUAAACAUUGUUCUUUUCGAUUAUGUUUUCCGUUGAAUUUUUGUUCAUUUGUGAAAAGUUUACCAAAGACAACUUUCUAUGAGAACGUAUUUCAGCUUCAUGUAGGUGUUUCCUCCCACGAGAAUUUCCUCAAUGAUUGAUUUUUGAUGGAAUUGAAGUAGAUUACUUUGGUAUGUAACCCUACUUGUGCUUCAUGUUCACCCUUCCAACAAGGGGCCAACUGCCGUAGAAUUUUUGUUUAUUUAUUCUGUCUUUGUAAUUUGACUUGAAAAGGAGUAAGAAAACUUAAAAAAUUAUAAUGAAGUCUCGUAAGAAUAAAGAUUUAAGGACAAUAAAAGAAGGGGUGGUGGGCAAGUAUGUCAAGAAAGAAACACCACCAGAAAUGCCAAUUAUCAAUGUGUGGACCACUGACCCUGUAAAGAAGAUGUCUAGUAGGAAGAGUUCUACAACCACUUCAUCUACCGCAUCAGUUGGUUCGCAGCCUACCAGGAUUGUUCAGAAGUUUGGCAGCCGCAUGACUCCAAGCCCAAGCGCAUCACUUGGACAUGAAGGAAAAUAUACACCGAGCAGCUCUGUUCCUGAUUUGGCCCAUAGGUUUGCAAGCUUGUCAAUGGGUACUGGUUCUGAGUAUGGCUCUAGUAAUCCCGUCUCAAGCUACAGUCUUGUACCGACAAGUAGUCAUGUCUCACAUGAAAUUCCUCAGUUGAGUGCUGUGUAUAUGCACACCCAUUGUACUCCUGACUAUCAAGAAACAUUUGGCCUUCAACAAGCUGAUAUUGCAUAUGGAGAAACAUCACACCAUCAACAUCUAGAUGAUUAUCGUCUUUCUCCGUAUUCCCAGAAUGUUGGAUACAGUCAGCAGCUACUGCAUACUCCACAGCAUUCUACCCAUGCUCUACAUCUGCCCAUCCCUCAUGGCAUGCACGGUAUGCCUCAGACUCACGAGGCUCUUCAAGGAUCUCAACAUAGUUUACACCGCUCCCCAUCUGAUGCAGCUAAUGUGGGUGAAGGCGGUGCAGAAGAACUACCUCUACCCCCAGGCUGGUCUGUUGACUUCACUCUUCGUGGUCGCAAGUAUUACAUUGAUCACAACACCAAAACGACUCACUGGAGUCAUCCAUUGGAGAAAGAAGGUCUUCCCACAGGGUGGGAACGUAUAGAUUCACCAGAAUAUGGCAUAUACUAUGUCAAUCAUAUUACGCAGCAUGCUCAAUAUGACCAUCCCUGUGCUCCUCAUUACAACUAUCAGCCAGAAGUCAGAUCAGGAUUAGAUGUUCCUCUUCCUUUACCGCAACAUAUUCAUUUUCAUCCUCCCAGUGUACUUGUCCCUGCUAACCCUUACUUGAAUGAAGAAAUCCCCAACUGGCUUGGAGUUUAUUCGAGAGCGUCACAAGACUUGGAUCAUAAACUGAAAUGGGAAAUGUUUCGUUUACCAGAACUGGACUGUUUUAAUGUUAUGCUUACCCGAUUAUAUAAACAGGAAUUGGAGGAGAUUGUAAUGCGCUAUGAAGCAUACAGGUCUGCCCUCGCAUAUGAAAUGGAAAGAAGAUUUCGAGCUCAGCAUCAGCAUAAAAUGCUUGCAUUACCACCAAUAACAAGUGAUGGGCAAAGUGAAGCCCCAGUACUCACGCAAAAUGUAGAAACAAAAGUUUAAUGCCAGGUUCCUUGUCUUUAUGGCUGUUCCUAUAAUAUUUGCCUUAUGUGCCUUAUAGAAUUUGUGUUUUUGUAAUUGGCUGUGUUAUAGAUCAUUAAGCAUUUUCCCCUUUUCUAUUUUAGAGUAGUGUUCAAAAGAACUAAGCCAGAAUGUGAAUUGUCACUUGAUUUCAGAACAGAUGCACUAUAUACAUAUAAGUUGCACUGAUCUGUUAAAAUUUUAUUUUUUUGUACCAGAUAUAUGUUUUUAAAGUUUGUUUAUACUGUAGUUUCUAAAAAUGUUCAUCUAUUUUUAUUCAUAUUUCUGUUUUUACGAAAAGUAUCAAUAUUUAUAGAACUACAGAGAGCGCUGAUUAUGGUAUUUUAUGUGAUAUCUGUUAGUAUGUAUUCAUAUACAUAAACAAAUGUAUAUGUAUUUUUAAAUUAUAACAUCACCAAUCAUGUCAA